CCCUUUUUCUGCCUCUGCAGUAAAAAAUUUGUACUUCAGUCAGCUUGGAUUUCUGCCGUUAACGUUCAAACGUUUUGGAAUUACAGAACGAAAAGUUGAGUAGGCUUGACUAUUCUUUUUUAUAAGGGAUACAAAUUGUCGCGUAGUACCUUAUUUUUAGAAAAACUGUUGCCUAUGAUUUGGUAUAAAGAAUAACUUGAUAUAUAUUUUUAUGAAACAAAAUAUUCAUAAAAGUAAUGAUUACGCUUAGAGGAAAAUUAAAAAAAGAUGGAGAUGUCUCAAACUCAAAGAGUAAAGAAUAUAAUAAACGUGCCUCUGUCAGGGAUAAACUAUUGGUUAAAGAGGUACAGGAAAUGGAACAAACUCUUCCUAGUACAUGUCAAGUAACAUUUGACGAUCCACAUCGAUUACAUGAAUUUAUACUAAUGAUUGUUCCUGAUGAAGGCUAUUGGGCCGGUGGACGAUUUUAUUUCCAAAUUUCAAUGUCUGAAGAGUACAACAUGGCUCCACCGAAAGUAAAGUGUACAACUAAGUUGUGGCAUCCAAAUAUUAGUGAAGAAGGAGCUGUGUGUCUCUCAAUACUUAGACAAAAUAGCAUCGAUGGAAUGGGAUGGGCUCCUACACGAAAACUUAAAGAUGUUAUUUGGGGAUUGAAUUCUUUAUUCACAGAUCUCCUAAAUUUUGAUGACCCCUUGAAUAGAGAUGCGGCUGAACUAUAUCUAAAGGAUAAGGAUUCUUUCAGGAGUAAAGUAAAGGAUUAUGUUAGACAAUAUGCUAAAAGAUGAUUGCCAUCCUGGAGAAAAUUAAUCCAAAAACAAUUAAUUGUACAUUUACUAAAUCAACUCUGCGGUUUUUGUCAAACCUUGAACUACAACAGAUUCUGAGAUAUGUUAUAUUGAUCAUUAUACAUUUAAUGUUUUGCUACUAGUCCUCUUACGUCGAGCGAUAAUGUUUUCCUCACAAGUCUAAUUAGCAAAAAUAUUUUUGCUUUUGACACAUUUGAUUUAAUCUUAAUAGUACCUAUGAUCUUUGCAGAUACUUGCUGUACGAAAUAUGUACAAUAAGUUUAUCUGUGUCACAGCGAAUUAUUGUCAUGGAGAGAAAGUAAUUGUAAAUAAAAAAAUAUUUAAUAAUAA